AUGGAGUCACAGGCAGAGAGCUCGUCUCAAUAUCGGCGAGUGCAUCUGCCGCCACGCUCCGAGUACCGUUUUGAGCUCGAGCCGCACGAGAAGCUUUCGAUUCGACUCGUGCAGGGGCGUACGCAGAGCGGCGAAGAGCCUGAUGCUGAGAUCUUUGGUGCUGAACUGGUCGGUGGUACGCAGGAGAGAUGGUACCCGUUUGGAGAUGAGGCGAAAGCUGCGGUGUCCUCGUGGAGAGGUGCCGAGAUCGAAGUGGCUGGGUCCGCGUCCACAGAGUACCUCGCCGACGAGCCUUCUCCCGUCUAUACAGCCUACUCGAAUCUGCAUCUUUACCUCGAACGUCAACGAAUACAGGCACGUCAAGCACUGAGAGCCGAUGCGAAACUACUAUCGACCUUGGCAGGCUCCGUACUGGAUCCGAGCUACAUCGCGCCCCGCACCACCGAUCAAGGCACCGAAACCGAAUCCGAUCCAAGCGGCACCGCGGCGUCGACCGUGUAUCGACCGGAAGGGCAGGGUCCACGAGUCAUGGUCCUCGGUCCAGAGUCGGCAGGCAAGACGAGCUUAGUCAAGUUUCUCGCCAACUAUGCGCUUCGAUCUCCCGCCGUCGCCAGCUUGGGCAAAGGCGAGGCUGGCAAAGUCGCCGAGAGCCUGCGAACGGGAGGAGACGGCAUCAUCUACCCGAACAUGGAGGCCAACCUAUCCGAAGAAGCCAAGAAGGAGAAGCGCGAGGAGGAGAAGAGAAGCGACAUCACCGGAUGGUGGCCCGUCGUGGUCAAUCUUGAUCCGAGCGAUGGUGCACCUCCGCUGCCGUGCUGCCUGUCGGCUUUGCCGCUUUCUCCACUGCCACUCGCUUCGCUGCCUUCGGCUUCCCCUGCAUUUCCCCUCGGUACCAACACAAGCACGACGGGUGCCAUCCCUCCAGGUACAUCGACCGCGCAUGGCGUGGCUCCCCUCUCGCUUUGGCUGGGCAAAGAGAACGUACGCGACAACGAACGCCAUUUCCGCCGCGUGGUAGAUUGGCUAGCGGAGGGUGUGGAACGAAGGUUAGCGCGGGACUUCCGAUCGCGCAUGUCGGGUCUCGUCAUCGACACGCCCGGAGUCAUCACUGCGGACGCACGCAGCAAGUACGCCUUCAUCCAGCACUGCGUCAAAGCUUUCAAGGUGGACACCAUCGUGGUGCUCGGCCACGAAAAGCUCAAUUUGGAGAUGACCAAGCUGUUCGCCUCUCCCGCCGCCACUGCUCAGACAGCAGAGAUCCCUGGAUCACAAGGGCAACGCUUGCCUAGGGUGAACGUGAUCAAGCUGCCCAAGUCCGGAGGUGUGGUCGAGCUGGACGACACCUACCGUUCGCGGCUGAAAGCGUUGCAGGUCAAAACGUACUUUUACGGCGGCAUUUCUUCUGCCGGUGGCAAUACGGAAAGCGGUGUCCCGAAAGCCGUGCUUCCCGGCCACUCUGAUCCGCUCGGCGGCGUUCCCUCCCUCAGCCCUUACAGCACCACCAUCCCAUUCGACCUACUCGAGAUCUACAAGAUCGGACAGGAAUCUCUGGCGCCAUCCUCCGCCCUUCCUAUCGGCGCUUCCCGCACCAUCACCGAGACGCAACUGGUCAAACUCGAUCCCACCAACUCCGCAGCCGAUCAGACCAGCCUCUUGCACAGCGUGCUGGCUCUCAUCCAACCUCCGCGAGGUGGAGGCGGCGCAGGUCAGCCGGACUCCAGCACCAAUCCGACGGACGACGAGAUCAUCGGCGCUCCGAUCUUGGGUUUUGUGCAUGUGGCGGACAUCGAUACGGUGAGGAAAAAGAUCACGGUGCUGUCACCGAGUGCCGGCAGGUUGCCGAGUAAGACGGCCAUCAUCGGGUCGCUCGAUUGGCAAGACGUGUAG